AUGGCGAAUAUCUGGAAGGGAAAGCCCAAAGUGAUGGACAGAGAGAUCUCAUCGAGCUGUCCUCCGAGAAGAAUUGAUAUUCCAAGGGUCGAUAUGAAAGAAAUCUUUGGGCCCACUCCGUGGAGAAAUGAGCAGUUUCAAGAAGCUCCAACUCCGCAAACUGAUGGAAAACCACGUGCGCCAUCUCCACCGCAGCAAACAGUUCGUAAACCGCUAGAAUUGGCGGCAACCCCACCAACACCGCCGACAGUAGUUACCAAGAAAGCUGAGCGAGUCAAUACCCCGCCCGUCGCAAAAGAGCACGAGGAGUCGGAAAAACACUUCGACGAGGGGGAUCUGGAAGCAAUUAACGCUGCGCUGGAAGCAUUUGCUAUUGAGCAGAGCAAGGAGCAAAUGAGAGCCAAAGAGCUUGAAGUGUCUCAUCCCCCGAAUCCGCAGAAUCUUGAACCAGAGCCAGAGACGCCUCAAACUGGGAAAGAAUCUGCUGAAAAUCAAAAACCCAAGCCUGUUGAUAAGCCGGCCAUGGAACCAAAGCCUGAUAAGAGUCAAGCUUGCGUUGAUAAGGCGAAUUUACCGGUAGUUCAAGUUGACGCAAGGAUCACCCAAUUGGAACAAGACAAUGCUAAGCUUAUGCACUUGGUUAAUCUCAUACAAGAGAAAUAUGUAAACGUUGCCAAGCGUUUCCAUUAUGUUGAAGACAAAAUCAAGCGCCGCGACAUUGAUCGCCUCAAUACCGAAAAGAACCUUCUCUCAUCGCUAGAAAAACUUCAAUCCAAUUUGAAAGAAAAAGACGAAAAGAUCAAUCAGCUUGAAGAAGCGCUGACAAAUUGCGAGAUCGCAAGGCUCACUUCCGAAGAGAAAAUAUUAGAAUACUUACGCUUUGAGGGGCACAUUCAUCGCCAGCGAACGACGAACAUGAAGAAGCUUUUUAAAGAUUUCGAAAUGUCGAAAGAAGUUGCGCUUUUGAGCGAUGAGCAAGAACUGGCAGCGGAGAUCGUCACUCUCCAGCAGGCUAAAGACGAGCAGGCAGAAUGCCUCGAUUUUGUUCGAAAUUGCACCAUCUGUUGUGAACCAUACGAUGACAAGGAACGACAUCGAGUCGGACUUAGUACCUGUGGUCACACCUUCUGUGCUGAUUGCGUCGAUAAGACGAUCAUAAACUCCCCGUUCGCCGUUACGAAAACCGCAUCCUGUCCAACAUGCCAGCUUCAAUUCUCACGCCACCAAGUGUUCAAGGUUUUUAAAAACGUGAAAGCCGUUGGAAAGCCGACAAACAGAACACUAACGCCCCAGCGCUAG